CCGGCUGCGCGGGCGCAGUGCACAGCCAUGGAGCCGGCGGGACCUCCCGAGCCCGAGUCGGGCUGCGGCGCCAACUGGUCCGAGGCGCGGGCUGUGCGGGACGUGGUCCCCCUCCCAACCGGUGUCUUUCAGGUUGCAGAAAAGUUGCAAAAAAGGAUAUGCGCGCUUUGCCCCAAAGACCUCGAGUGUAGUGUCCUGUACUUUGCACAGUCAGAGAAUAUAGCUGCUCAUGAAAACUGUUUGCUGUAUUCCUCAGCACUUGUGGAAUGUGAAGAUCAUGAUCCGCUUAAUCGUGAUAGAAAUUUUGAUGUGGAAUCAGUAAAGAAAGAAAUCAAGAGAGGGAGGAAGUUGAAAUGCACAUAUUGUGGGAAAACAGGAGCCACCGUGGGAUGUGAUUUAAAAUCCUGUCUCAAGAAUUACCACUUUUUCUGUGCCAAGAGUGACCACGCAGUUCUACAAGCUGAUGGAUCUGAAGGAACUUACAAAGUAUUGUGCCAACAACAUGCUGACCCUCAAAAUGACCUACUCUCAGUGAAGCCUUUGUCUGGUGUCUUCCAUUCUCACUUCAGUCAGCAAACCGAACCGAAACCCGGAGUGAAAAGAAAAAGGGGAAGGAAAAAACGUAUCUCAGCAGGCAAUCCUGUACAGGACCCGAACGUAGAACAGUACACGAAGGCUGCAGCAGCUGUUAAGAAUGCAAUCCAGUGCUACCAUGUCAUCGAUGACAAGAAAACAAGAGCUACUACCCAGACAUCAUGGGAUCGUUUUGUCAAGAGGGUAGAUAGAAUUGAAUCCAGCAAGGAACCAGAACUUGUGCCAUCAACGUCAGGCCCACUGGAAAGAAUGGCAUUGGAUAGGAGGGAAAAGGAUGGCAGACACACAGAUGCAAUUGUGAAAGUUGCUUUUCUUAAGAAAUGUAAAGAAGCGGGUCUUCUUAAUGCUUUAUUUGAAGAAAUAUUAGACAAACUUCAUUUGAUUCAGGAAAGACUCAUGGAUGAGACCACUUCAGAAUCAGACUAUGAAGAAAUUGGAACUUCACUUUUCGACUGUAGAUUGUUUGAAGAUGCAUUUGUAAAUUUUCAAGCAGCAAUAGAGAAUAAAAUUCAUCAAUCUGAAGAAAGGCAGCGGCAGCUGAAGGAAGAGACUGAGCUACUUCAGAACUUAAAACAAACCCUGUGCUCUGAGCUUCAGUCAAGUUCUACUUCAGAUUCUUCUCUGUCUUCUUAAGAAUGACCAUUUCCUAAGCCAGGAAUCAAGCACAGUUGUAAACAGGCUGAAAGCUGGAGACGGGCCUGUGAAAGCCACACAUCUUUAGCACUAGGCCCCUCGUGUCUCUCUGGCCCUCAAACUUUGAUCCUCACCAGCCCUUACCUGUUCUUGCUGAUUUGGCAUCUUAUGCCUUUUUACUGCCUCCUCUUCCUGAUCAUCAUCUCACUGGUACCCCUCCCCCCCCAAUAAAAUAUUUCUGAUUCUACUUGAGUAAAUUGGACCAUGCCUCCCAUCGCUCUAAAAAUCCUUUGGUGGAUUUUUAGAUUUUUAGAUCCCGCCUCCCCCACCCCCACUACAGUGAGCUAAGUGGAUUCCAGGUGCUCCUGCCCCCAGGGCCUUUGCACAUUCUGCUGUGAAGUCUUCACUGCUCCUCCUGCGGAUGUCCUCAUACCUAUUCCAUCUGAGAGUACUUUCUCUUCAUAUCCCUUCUCGGUGUAAGCCACUCUAUCAUACCUCAAACCGAUGGAGUAUAAGCAGUCUGAGGGCAGAAACUCACAAUUCCUGUGUUUUCCUCCCUGUCACAUUCCCAGCAGCUAGCGUGCUCAAUAAAUGUUGAAAAAAAUGCAUAAACUGUUUUUAUCUUUUGAGACUAGUUCCAGCCUGUAAUGCUUCUUUGAUAAAAUAAAUCUGAACGUUAUACCUGUA